CUAACUACUCCGUUAGCCCAAAGUUUUCCACCACUUGUCGAGCUUGAAGUCAUUUCAUCAAGGGAGCAGAACGACUAUACGGUAUACCGUAGUUGCAUCCUUCUGGCAGCCAGUCCCGCGGAUCCAAUGGCGCCUGGGAAUCCAGCAUCCGGCAUUGUGUUACAUUUGGACGACUCCGCUUCUUCCAAGACCGUUCUUCUGGUUUCCAAUGUGGUGCGCUGGGUCAGUGAGGUGGUGGUGGAGGUUCAGAAUGACAGCAAGGCAGGGCCCAUUGCGCAGACUGUCGAUGGGGAGGUUUCUGGCGCUGGUACCAUCUCGCGAUAUCUUGCGCGAGCGGGGGGCGAUGUCUGCUUCGGUAGACUCUUUGGGGAGACCCCAGAAGCGCAGGCUGGGGUUGCACAGUGGUUGACCAACAGCAACACCAUCUUGACGAGCCCCACUGGUGUCACCCCCGCCAGCCGGCUGGCUGCACUCAACGUGUACCUGCAGCCGCGAGCGGUGCUGUUUGGGUCCGGCACCACCAUUUCAGUGGCAGACAUCGCAGCAUUCUCGUCUGUCCACAAGGCAGUGGUAGCGCUGAGCCCUGAGGACCAGGCCUCUCUGCCCCACCUUCUACGAUGGUUUGACUACAUCCAGCACGCCGGUGACAUCAGCGGAGUCUAUACGAAGAUUCCGAUCAAAAAGCCCAGCUUCAACCCUCCGGCCUUGGCAGCCCCUGCCCCUAAACCCGCCAAGCCAACGGAAGCAGAGAGCAGUGCAUCGCCGCCGCCAAAGACACCAGCGGCCUCUCAAGCAACCAGCGAGACUUCUAAGCCCAGCGCUGGCGGCAAAAAGGAGCCUGCUGAUACCUCGUCAAAGGCAGCCGCUGAGGCCAAGGCAGGGGAGGGAAAGGCCGAUGAUUCGAAGGAGAAGAAGGCCAAGAAGGAGAAGCCCCCCGCUGUGAAGAAAGAAGUGGACGUCAGCAUUAGCGCUCUGGACAUCCGGAUAGGAGUCAUCACCAAAGUGGCCAAGCACCCUAACGCCGACGCGCUUUACGUGGAGGACAUUGAUUUGGGCGAGGGCCCGCCGCGGCAGGUCGUCAGCGGCCUCGCCAAGUUUCUCACAGAGGAGCAGAUGCACGGCCGAAAGGUGGUGGUGCUGGCCAACGUGAAGCCGGGGAAAGUGCGGGACGUUAUGUCCAGCGGCCUGGUUCUCUGUGCUUCGAAUGAGGACCACACGCAGUGCGAGCCCAUCGUUCCCCCAGCUGGUGCGGAGGUGGGCUCGAAAGUCACUUUCCCGGGGUACGAUGGCGAGCCGGAGCCUGUUCUGAACCCCAAAAAGAAGCAGCUCGAAAAGAUACUGCCCGACUUGAAGACCGACAAGGAUGGAGUUGCCAAGUUCCAGGCUGUACCCUUCACGACUUCCCUGGGACCGUGCACAUCGUCCUUGAAAGAUGCGAUAAUCAAGUGACCAGAUGCAGAGAAAGAAGGUCGGAAGCAUGAUGUUCAUCGAGAAGGCUCGAGGGGGAAAAGGAUCUUAUUUUGCGAGGCUUUUGUCCUGUUCAACGUUAUCCUUUGAGUGGCGCCAUGGCGUUUGGAGCGACUAGGCCAGUGCAGCGCGCGUUGAUCUGCUUAUAUUGGUCGGUGGAUCUAAUUUCGUUGGACUUUGGGCGGUUACAUGAUGGAUACUGCAAGAUACGAUUUAGGCCCCGUAACAUGAGCCGUGCACCCCUAAAAAAGUAUGCAAGGAGAUCAAGCGUUUGUCUAUCCAUACGACCAAGGGAAACCUAGGUCAAUAAUGGAAUCUGCAACCCUAAUUAUCAUAACCAGUGCUAGGAUAUAGCUCUGAGAGUUCCAUGGCAGAUUGCAUGCAGGGCUGCACAGGCCGCAGUUUGCUUCUAGCA